AUGGAGUCUAACAAAGAUGACAACAACAGUAGGCCUAAGAGGAAAAAGGUUUCCAUUUCUGACCUUCCAGCAUGCGUCUUGGCAGUGAUAAUGUCACUUCUUUCGCUAGAAGAUAGUAUUCGUGCAUCCGCCGUCUGCAAGGCAUGGCAUGAAGCCGCUAAAUCUGUUGCGGUUGUUCAAAAGUACCUAUGGGUUGUCUCCAUUCCGUUAUGUGGAAACUCUAUUGAUCUUUUUGAUCCGUUGCAGAGGAAGAAGUACACAAUGAAUCUACCCAAGACAGGUUUAACUGAUUUUUGUUACUCAAAAGAUGGCUGGUUGCUUAUUCGCAAAUCAUGCUCUUUGGAAUUCUUAUUCUUCAACCCCUACUCUCGGAAGCUCAUAAGCUUGCCAGAAUAUGAUUUGAAGUUUCAUGAAAUCGCUUUCUCUUCUGCCCCUACAUCAGAAACUUGUACUUUGGUCACGUUAAACCCUAUUUCAGAAUAUAUUGUGGCCAUAGGCACUUUCUAUCAUGGAGCAACUGAGUGGAUAACUACGACGUUUCAAUGUUGUCUUGCUUUUGACCCCAAUAUCCUUAGCAACCUGGUAUAUACUAAUAAUCGCUUCUACUGCUUCACCUCGGGAGGUGUUUUAUUUGAAUUUGAUCCAGCUUCUCGCACAUUGAAACAAAAAGCAUGGAAGGAUGUUAUAUUCCCUGAAAUUCGUAACAACGAAUUCUCGUAUCGCCCAAAGAAACUUUACUUGAUGGAGCACAAAGGAGAGCUAAUUCUCAUGUAUACAUAUGGCAGUGAGAAACCAGUGGUGUAUAAGUUAGUCUCCUCAAAAUGGGAAGAGAUGAGUAGUACACUAGACGGCUUGACAAUAUUUGCAAGUAUGUGGUGCUCGGAGACUAGAAUAGAUGUUUUAGGGAUGAAGGAUAGCGUGUACUUCCCAAAGUAUGGCGUACAUAACAACAUGCAAUGUGUAUCCUACUCAUAUGAUGAUGCCAGGUACUAUCCGGGUCAGCCGAAUCAACUAUACUCUGAUGGUAAUCUUUGGAUCGACCCACCACCAUUUCUAAAGUAA